AUGGCAGACCCAGAAAACGCCGAGCGGUCAAUCAGCGCUGCUGAGAUUGCGCUCUACGACCGCCAGAUCCGACUGUGGGGAGUCUCCGCACAGAAGAAAAUCGGAGCUGCCAAGAUCCUCCUGGUCAGCGUGAAAGCGCUCGCGAACGAAGUAGCCAAGAACCUCGUGCUGGCGGGCAUCGGCUCGCUGACCAUCAUCGACCAUGAAAUUGUCAAGGAAGACGACCUGGCCGCGCAAUUCUUCGUGUCGGAGGAGCAUGUCGGGCAGAACGUCGGUCCCUCCUUCUACUCGUAUGAGGACCAACCAAAUACUGACAGACAGACACAGCGCGCGCAAGCAGCCGGGCCUCAAAUCCACAAGAUGAACCCACGGGUAGACCUCCAAAUCGACACGGACGAUGUCAGGACAAAAUCACCCGAGUUCUUCGCCCAAUUCGACGUGACCAUCGCCACAGACCUCGACUUUGUGACUUACAACUCCAUCAACACCGCCUGCCGCGUCGCCCAGAAGCCCUUCUACGCCGCCGGCCUGCACGGGUUCUAUGGGUAUGUCUUCGCGGACCUGAUAACCCACGACUUCGUGAUCGAGCGCGCCAAAUCCAACGUGCCGCCUCAACAACAAGAAACGCCUACCCGCAGCGUCGUGGACAUCACUACCAAGAAAGAAAACGACAAGACCAUCGAGCUGAUCACCAAGCGCGAGACAUACUCCCCCUGCCUGCGUGCGCUCUGGGAAUUCCAAAAACAAGGCUUCGGCGCGCUCCCGACCUUCUCGCAGAUCGACCUCGCCGAAUUCACCAAGCUCUCGCGCGAAGCGCACCACUUCCUCAAGCUCGACCCCGAAACACUGGACGCGGAGUUCCUGCGCAAGUUCCUGCAGAAUCUUGGCAGCGAGCUGAGUCCUGUCGCGGCGUUCAUGGGCGGGGCCCUAGCGCAAGACGUUAUCAAUGUUCUCUCCGCGAGGGAGCAGCCGCUGCAGAAUCUGCUGCUUUUCGAUGGUGAUCGCUCCAUUGGCCCUAUCUAUUCGUUGCACCCGUUUUUCCCGCCGGUGAUGGAGGCUCUGGCUGCUGUGCCGCCGGUGGCUAAUCCCAUUCCGGUGGAUGGGGACGUUGUGCCGCCUACUACUAUUGCAUGA